CCUUCAAACAAACGUGCCUCCCGAGGUCACCGUACGCAACCCCACCAAAUCAGUAUUCAAACAAUGAGGUCCACCAAAUGCAUCACUUUGACCCCUUGCCAAUGCGAAGUUUGUGGGAGCCGCAGUGGUCUGCUCCGCUGUAGCGGCUGCCAACUGGUCUAUUUCUGCAGCAGUGCCCAUCAAAGAUCCCACUGGAAAAAGCACAAGACCCCAUGCAUAGCCAUCAAGAAAGCCCGAGCGAAGUUUCUCGAGGAGGAGGCCGCCCUGCAAAACACACCAGCCAAUGAGUUCGAGAGCGUCUUCGAGGCAGACGUCGGCCACUUCGGGCACACCGAGGGCACCGACGACUACAUGGUACGACGCUCCGACCUCGUCGACGCCAUUUUGAUGUACUUGCCUCGCCACGAAUCCUCCGUGGAGACCGCUCUCGACCACAUCAUGGACAUGUUCCGACUGAACCGUAGCGACUACCUGGGUCAGAGGGCCUUGGUCCCCUCGCUGAUGCUCCGCCUCUGGCGCGACCAGGAUGCCUACGACUUCAUGAAGUGGUGGGCUAUGUGCGACAUUGAUGAGUAUGACUGGGAAGAUCUGGAGCUGCCGUACCUGGACACGAGGAAUGCAGAUGUUUUUGAAGAGCCCGUGUGGUGGACCGGCAAGGCUCUGACGAUGAGCCAUACAUCUGCUGUGGCGUUGAUCAAGUUGCGCGUCCUGUUCAAGCUGCGGGAUCUGCAAAAUACGCUGCGGGCUCUGCAGGCAUCUGCACUGCCGCGCGAGAUUAUAGACCAGGUGCUCUGGGAGUUGUUGGCCGACAGUCUUCUAGCCGGACGCCUGGACCUUGUUUCCGCUGACACGGAGACCCUCGCUACAAUGAUUGGAAGGAUAAUGAAGCAGAUUCGGGGGUUGUAUGCUGCCGUGGAAAAAACAAACAUGGGAUUCUGGCCAAUCCUAAUUUCUUUCCAAGACGAUCACCCAAAGUGGGAGACGCCGGAAUCCUACUCCCUUGAUUCGCGGUCGGAGGCUGAAUUUAUGGUUAUGUAUACUCAUCUGGCGUGGGAACAAACACCCGGGGCGCUUGAUGAGAUUGAGGCGAUCCAGUCUUGUCAGAAUCAUUAGUUAUAGCGAACAUGCAUGGGAAGCUGGACCUGUUCGCAGA